AUGUCAUACCAAGACAGUAGCGAUUCCGAUUCAACUAUCCAGGAAGAGGAUUGUCAUCCUCCACGGUCACUCCCAGUCCCAGAUGACACUCCAAAGACUCGCUUUGACCCCGAGCAAUCUAACUUCCAAUUGCGCCAACAAUUGCAGUCAAAAGCUGAUGAAUACA